UGCAACUAGAAAUAAAGUGAAAUCAUCGAAAUAUGAAACUUCAUUUUCAUAUUUCAUUUAUCAUGAAUUAGUUUUUCAGUAUGCGAAAAACUGAUAGUCUGUUAAAAUGACUGCCUGGCUAGGAUAUUCAGCAUAAAGCAAAAUUCCUCAUUGUAGUGGCAUUAAAACAACAAGUGAAGCAGUACAGUGUGUACAACUGCGUGUUGGUUGAAUUCCGCCCCUCCUUGGCGUUUGUUGGAAGCUACAGUGCAUUUUCAAGGCCGCAACGCUUAGCUGUUUUUUUUUCUCCAUCUAUCACGGGUUGUUUCGGGUUAUUAUGGUGGGUAUGAGCAACUUUACGCUGGAUCCGGCCAUACUAGGCGUAGGAGGCAGUAGCACUGCUGGCCGGAAACAUGAACUGGAACGCAAAACCCUGGCGGAUGAGCUACUCAUGGUGGUAAAGGAGUGCCAGAAAAAGUACGGCAGCAAAACCGAACUGGCUACGGAGAGUGAUUCAAGGAUUAUAUUGUUGUGCGAUACUUGGGAGCGAGCGUUAUCGCACGGGUUGAAAUCAAGUGCAUCACUUUUGAAAAAUGUGACCGACCUGGUGGCCGGGGGAGCUUUGGAAGUACCAACGUUUUGGGAUUUUGCCUUCAAGCAUCUGACGAAUCAUGAAAAGGAACGUUUUACUACGCUGCGACACGUUUGGACUAACGGAGGCAAAGGGAAAGCUUUGCUGCGGGCAGUUUUGAAUGAACGUGCCCUGGAAAGGUACGUAUUGAUUUGGCUGAGCGACGAACAAUUGCUGGAGGAAAGCUACGAGAGCUGGGCGUUAAUUAGGGAUAAAGAAAUUACCGGCCUGUUACCGAAUAUGGCCGCUGGAUUGAGUACAAUACUGUUUGCUAUUGCGAUAGAUUCCCCGGAAUUGAAUGCUGCUUGUAAAAUCAAACCAGAAAAGUCGGAACCUAUUAUAGCGACACAGCGCCCUGUGAAUCCUGCUCGUAAAAUAAACGUGAUACAGCGAGAAAUACUGGAAGAAGGAACCGCCUUAUCUCCAGCUCCGAAUCUCUCUACAGCGUUGAUUCAGAACGCCCCGCAGCGAACAGCAAAUAUUGAUAUUAUAAAAGAAUAUACUCACGUAGAAUCUGCCCAGCGAACACAGGAAACAUACUCCGUAGAGGACGCAUUGAAUAGUCUCAGUAUCAAGGAAGAGAUACGGCGACAAGCAAUGCAAACAGAGAAAAGAAAUGCGGCUUCCAACGUUAUAGCGACCAGUCCCGAUUGCACGGCACUGGAAGCCUCCGAAGACAGUAUAAUGGGUAACUUCUCGCUCGAUAUGUCCUCCAAUGCGACGACGACGAUGACCGCGACGGCUUCGAACACAUCCAGCACGUCCUGCUCGGCGUCUUCGGCAAACGAACAAACACUUGAUUUGGAAAGCUACUCGCUAGUUGUGGACAAACUGAAACGCAAGCUGGCAGAUUCCGAAGAACGCUGCCAAAUGCUGGAAGCCCGAGUCGCUGAGCUUAGUCUGGAAAACCAUCGACUGCGCAUGCUGACUCGUCCGAAUCGGCUGUCGCUGAUGCACUUCCAAAUCGCGAUACCGAAAGCGAUUCUGCGAACGCCGGUGAGCGCUGGACGGCGUGAGCAUUAUUGCUAUGAAAUUCGGAUAGCACCCGGAAACAACGGUUCAACAACAACCACAGCAUCAGUACCACCAGGGGGUCGUUUGCCAUCCAACGACGGGUGGUCCGUUUUCAGGCGAUACAGUGACUUCUAUCGGUUGCAUAAACGACUGCAGCGUGAACAUCCCACGGUUAAGUCGCUUGAUUUUCCACCGAAAAAGAAGAUCGGAAAUAUGAACCCGCAGUUUGUGGAACAACGUCGCCAGCGGUUACAGGUUUAUCUCAACAGUCUGUUCAUCGUUGUUAUGCCAGAAGUAUCAGCCUGCACUACCCGAUCCCAGCUGGAGCAAGUGUUUCCAUUCCUACGGGAUGGUUCUCUGUAAAAAAAAUGACACGUUACCAUUGAAACCCACUGAAUGUAUAUCGAUUUAGAAUAGGUCGUACAAUUCGAUUGGAACGAAACAACUCUAUUUGGUACAUACCUAGUUUGAAAAUUAACGCUUAUAAAAUAAUAAAUAGGAAACAAAAGUUAAUGAAAUUUGACGAAAGCUAUGAUAUGUACAUAGGAUGUAACUACAAUCUCGUUUAACCAUUUGUAAAAUAUUAAUUUAAUGCAACUGCUAACUAAAAUGCAACUCUUUUGAGAAACAAUUUCGUUUACUGUUUGAAGGCUAAAUGUCACUAAUCAAAUAUAUUUUGCGGAAAUAGA